CCUACGCGCAUCCUUGAUGUGGGACUAUCGGAUGACUUGUCUAAGAACAGCGUGAAGUUAUCCGAGCUAUCCAAUGUCUCUGCUCAAUAUGUAUGUCUCAGUCAUUGCUGGGGAACUGUGAGGGUAAUCACAACGACUCGCCAAACUCUCGCCGCUCGUUGCCAAGGAAUCCCCUGGGAAAGCCUCCCAAAAACCUUUCAAGACGCUAUUACAUACACUCGGCGAUUGGGCCUGCGUUACCUGUGGAUUGAUUCUUUGUGUAUACUUCAAGAUGAUAGGGAGGAUUGGAGAAGGGAAUCAGCCCUAAUGGCCGCCAUAUACAAGAACUCUUACAUUACCCUUGCAGCCACUAAAUCUCCAGACGUUCAAUAUUACGUCCACGAGCGCAUUUUCCAUUUCGAUUGGAGGGCUGGUUUCGACGACGCAGCAAACCCUUUGAGGACUCGCGCAUGGGCAUAUCAGGGGAGACUACUAUCACCUAGAGUCCUUCAUUUUUGCGCGCAAGAAUUGGCAUGGGAAUGCCAAGAGACUACGCAAUGUGAAUGUUUGUAUUCCGAACGGCUCAGGGCCACACGGUGCACACCAAACCUUGUCUCUCUUUGGCGUUAUCUAGUCGAGGAGUACUCUGGCCUUCGUCUUUUGGAAAAAAGUGACAGGCUCCCGGCCAUUGCAGGACUGGCCGCACAUAUUGCAACCUACAAACCAGGGAAAUAUCUUGCAGGCCUCUGGGGAGAUUCCAUAUAUGAAGACAUGCUUUGAAGAACCAAGAACAAACGAGUAUACGAUCCAAGGCCUGCAGCAUAUCUAGCUCCUACAUGGUCUUGGGCCUCCACGAAAUCCGGUAUCUAUUUCUUCAAGGCGACUCGCUCACAUGACCCCACUUUCCACGUGCUCCAAUCGAGUUGCAUCCCUGUGCGCGAUGGAGAUUGGUAUGGUGAAGUUAACUCCGCAACCUUAACCGUAGCGGGCAACCUUCAACCCGCAACGGUUGUCUACCA